AACGAAAAAUCAAUGUUAAUACAAACAAAAACGAAUAAAUUCAGCUAUUUAGUUUCGUCCAGCCUUUCUAACAUAUUUGUACGUAAAAACUAAUUAAUUCAGAAAUAAAAUGAAGAGAUCCGAUAAAAGAGCCAAGUUAAAAACAACAGCUUCUAAAGAGCACUUAAUAAAAAGUGAUGAUGAUGAUGAAAUUAAUUAUGCGUAUGACAACAGUAAUACUCUCACGGAAGUUCAAGAAUUUUCCAAUGAAACGGACGAUCCUCAAAUUACCGAGGAAAAACGUUACGUAAUGCAAAAGUUUCUUCAAAACAAAUCACCACGACGCAAUAAAGAUAAUACAAACGUACUUCAAAACAUAACACCACCACAUAAACUCCAUCAAACCAAUAAAAACGAUGAUAAUGAAGAUGCCAGUUCUGGAAUAUCAAAUAUUUCUAAUGCUACAUAUGAUGCUCCUUCAAGCUCCAGACUAACAAGUUUCCUUCAGAAGAAAAAUAGUUUAGUGGACGUGACAAAGGCCAAUGAGAAUAUUGAAAUGACGUCAAUUCAAAACGCAGAUCAAACAGAAGAAAUAAAUGAUCAAAUUAAUAACGAAUCUGAAUCAAAUUUGGAUAAUAUAAAUAAAACUAAAAAACGAGACAAAGCAAAACGUAAGAUAAAUCGAAUAAAACAUACAGCAGAUGAUGAACAACAAGAAAUUCUUGAUCUACCACAAAACCAAAACAUAAAUGACGAAAAGUCUAUUGUAAAUCAAGUGCUUGCCAUACAUAUUAUAAAAACCAAUCGGCUACAAUUAAAUUCAUAUUUGUUAGGUGCAUUCGUAAGAAUUCAUUUCAUCGAUAGCGAGACCAACGAGUACGUGAAGAAAUCUGACCCACAGAGAUGUGUUAACAUACAUAAUGCAACAAAAAACUUGCGCAUUGACUACAUUGAUUCCUUCACAACGCAAGUGUUUAAUUUCAUGCACUAUAAUCAAGAAUGUCCUCUUUGGAAUGAAGCAAUCGUCAUAAACGAUGAUUACUCAUACCUUCAAAAUCAUCACACCAUGAUGAUAUUCUUUGAAAUCGUUGAAUCCGCAAUGAAUCAAAUAGUUGCGUGGGCAUUUUUAAAACCACAAAGCAAUUACGAGCGAAACUUACGCUUGCAACUUUAUCAUUCACAGAAUUUACAAACGGACUCAAAAUACAACAGUUACAACUGGUGGAAACAGAAAAAGAUGCGCAAAUAUCCUUCCACGUUGUAUGUUAGACUAAAUGAAACAAGUAUGGCUGAAAAUGUCUCAAACACUAAAGUCAAACGAUCUAGUGAACCAAAAGAAAUGUCUACUGAAAUUCUAGGAGAUGUAUUAAUCAACAAAGAAAAAGUGUUGCAACCUUUACCAAAACUGGAUAAAUUAUUCAAACUUUCAAAACAUAAAGUGAUGGAAAUUCCAGUUGGAGAUCUAGGCUGUUUGAUUCACAAGUUUAGUAAUAAUGGUGCAUAUCUGGCAUUUGCCACUUCAGAAGAUAAUAUGUAUAAAAUUAUUACUUAUGAACUCUCGAAUCAUAGAGAAUUAUGUCGGCUGGAACAUCAUGACGGUUUAAUAUAUGAUUUGAUGUGGUCGAGCGAUGACACACAAUUAUUCUCAGCAUCUGCUGAUAGUACAGUUGCGAUUUGGGACGUUCCGAUGCAAAAACUUGAAAGCGUCUUAUCUCAUCCAAGUUAUGUUUAUUGUUGUGUACUAUUUAAUGACAAAUACAUAGCGACCGGUUGUUUUGACCAUCGCAUUCGAUUUUGGUCUUUAGCAUCAUAUGCACUUGAGACCGAAUUAAAAGAACACAAAGGAUAUGUGACAUCCAUUUGCUUUGAUAAAGAAAAUAACUUCAUGUACAGCGCUGACUCAACCGGAUGUAUUUUAAGAUGGCAGAACAGAAAAAAUGUUUGGAGUCUCAAACAAAGUGUUUCAGUAAUGGACAUGAAAGACGUAACAAUUAAUCAAAUUAUAUUGCAUCGACGCGGAAGGCGAUUGAUUGUCAAUUACAGAGACGGGCAUAUUCGUCUGGUAGAUAUUAAAACGGGCUAUGUUCUAGCCACAUUUAAUAAAGGAUCAAAUAAAAAAGCGAACAUGAAGUGUGUACUCACACCAUGCAAUGCAUACUUAUUAUCGGGCACAGAAAGUGGCGAUGUUUAUGUGUGGCAAGUUGAUAAUGAAAAGGUUGAGCAAGUGUUUUCGCCAUAUCAUGAAGCGGUUGCAAUACAUUGCAUUCAAUAUGAACCGAAACACAAUUUGAUUGCUGUGAGUCACUUUAGCAAAUGCAUGCCAAUUAUAGUAUAUGGACCAAAAACAAAUGAGCAAGUGCAGUCUGUGAGAACAACUCUGGCUCAAUUGGUGACUCAUACCAAUACCGAAAACAGUUUGGCUAAAGUGGAGAAAGGUGCUAACUUUAGAAUGAUUUUAGAGAAAUUUGAUAAAAUCAUAAUCAAAAGUUGAAAAUAAUCUUAAGUCAAUAAUAUUUUAUAAUAUAUAUAACAAACUUUGAGAUUGGAAAAGGUGUAUCACUAAAUAAAUUAUUUAUUUAUUGCUGAUGGUAAUAAAUUAUGCCUUCUCAUGUUGCUCAGGACUCCAUCUAAA